AGACCUUUUUUGUCAACAUGCAGAAUCUGAAGUCAGUUAAGAUUAUAGGAAUAAGUGAGAGCAGUACUGUGUUUAAUCUACAAGUGAAGUUUAAUACAAAUCUCACGACAAAGUUGGAGGCUGAGUUGAGUACAGUUCUACAGAACAUGUACCAAACAGGAGUACAGCUACAGGGAACUAAAUAUAGCGUACUACAAAGCCCUGUUGUAUCAGUACUUUAUAAGCCUGCCCCAUGUUUAUUUUGUCUACCCACUGAAAAGUGUUACAUCCAGGUGGAUUACACCUAUGUAUGCAGUAAGCACCAGGAAUGCAGUUCCUCUGAAAAUAACAGUAACCCAGAGUUAUGA